UUCUUUUUACUUAGCUUUUAAUUAAUUAACAUUCUGAAAAUUAAGCUAAGGUAACAAAUUAAUUAUAAUUUCUCAUCAUUCAAUCCUCUCUAUAGCAGCCAUACGCGACCAACAUCGAUCAUCGACGACGUCGGCUGGACCAACCAAUUGUAGAGGCUGUCGUAUGUGCCCACCGAAAAGUGCCAUCAAAGGACCAUAAUCUUGUAUAUUGGGUAGCUGGGGCUCUCUUAGGCCUCUCUGUAUUGCUGGAGAAGAAAGAUAGAUGUGGAGAACUUGCGUUGUAUGUUCUUCCUCGAGCUGCAGAUUCUUUGUGGUAUAUACUAGUGAACUGUCAUUUACUUCCGGAUAUCAAGAAUGUCGAGAUGCCGAGGUGGAGACCAGUAAUUUAUCUUUAGAACAAAAUACAGAAGAACAUCAUCCAGCUUCUGAGUUGUUGAGCAUCAGUGUGCAAGAAGAUAAUAAGAAUGAACUUUUCUGUCCAAACUCAUCCUGUCCCGAGCUAGCUGUGGAAAAUAUGGAAGGAACACAUGUUGAUUCAUCACUUUCUCCACAAGUAGAUAAGAAGAUGAACAUGUCUGUUGAAGGAGCGUCUGUUGAACAUACUGUAAAUGAACCAGCCAUUGACUCGGUUUCUGAAGUGGACUCGGUUUCUGAAGUGAAGUUUGAUGGAAGCUGUGUUCUGGUUGAUAAAGGAUGAUGUGUUUUCAGGCUCUGAAUUCCAUGGAUCUCAUAUCUCUAAUAAGGAUGUCAUGGAAGUUCCACAUAUAGCAGCAGAUGAUUAUACAUAUGAAGGUGAUGCAAUAAAAGGAUGGCUGUAAAGUAGACACGAUACUUCUCCAAUGACAAACCUCAAGCUCGAUACCUGUGAUUUGAUUCCCAAUUAUGCUCUCUAUCGCACAAUUCAGGAAUGACAGCAGUAGUGCUAAAACUCAUUCAGGUCUAUAAUGCCUUCUACAAACAAAAACAGCUCCAAAGAUGAACUAUAUAUACUGAUAUAGAAAGUUAUUCAUGUCUCGUGGUAGUUCCACCGAGUUAAUACUUGGAUUUGAGUUAUUUGAACUUGUCAGGUAAGUAUUAAGUGUUACUACAAUAUUGAGAUGUACAGACUUUAUCACUAUGUAUACUAGAUUUGAUUCUCGAUAGCAGUUUGAUAUAAAUUGAUGAAAUUUAUUAUUUUGUGAUA